AUGGACGCCCUCCGGGCCAUGCGGGGCCAGUCCUUUGUACACACCAACAGCGGCUUGGCCGGGAAGGAGGGUGAGAUGCUAGAGGAUCUCGUCCGCGGAAAGCGGAGGCAAGACUUCCUCGAAAAGGACGGCCGCUGGAAUUGGGAAGGCAUCCGAGGGUAUUUGAAGAGCGUAGACCGGUUCAAGGAGCUGUUUAUGCUAUCGGCACACAUGGGAGGAGGUGCUCCAGCGCGGGGCGACAAGCUUGGAGGCCUGCGUUGGGUGAACGGCAUCAACCGUGACCGCGGCGUGUUUAUUAUUGAUGGCGAAAUGGUGACGGUGACGCAGUACCACAAGUCGCUAGCACACUUCGAUGCUCCAAAGGUUAUACCGCGCUUCCUACCUCCUCGAGUCGCCCAGCUCAUGGCAAUGUACUUUGUGUAUAUCAGACCGCUUACCGACCGCUGGGAGGCAGAGCAGUGGGCCUUAAUUAUCCUACAGGAUUGGCGGCACAUUGCGAUCGCGGUUAGCAAAAAUCAUGCUCGCCAGCGCGGUGCCGCCACGGCGGACUUUGAAGAAGACGACAACGACGAUGAUGAUGAGGCGGAACAGUAUGAAAUAUCAGACGACUUAGCCGCUGCCCACACGACCAAGGCGGCCGCUAAUUACGGCGUCACCAUCGACGUGCUCAGGCGUCUGACUGCCGAAUCUCUCGAGAUAUUUGGCCAGGUCAGUCAUCGAUGGCAUAAAUUCCUCGAGCUUGACCAGCCAUCAUCCGGGCCGCCACCACUGCCACUGAAGCGAGAGGCAGAGGCUGAUAUCAAGCCGCAGGCGCUUCGGCCCUCGAAACGAGCCAGGGUCAUGUAUCUGGAGAAGCCGAGACUUGGUUCAGGGCAGGACCAGGUUCCGGACGCCUCAGCAGGAAGAAGCCGUACGGAUGGCCGCCGCGAAGCAACGCCGCUAGUUGCCAUCCUUCCCACCGGCGGAGGGAAGAGCUUGACCUUCAUGGUGCCGGCCAUGCUAGCCGGAGCCGGAGUCACCAUCGUGGUGGCGCCCUAUGCCGAGCUCAAGAGGCAGCUCGUCACGCGCUGCCUCGAUGCAGGCAUCGACUGCAAGCACUGGCCGCAGGCACGCGACUCCUGGCCCUGGGUCGUGAUCGUCUCCGCAGAGGCCGCUACGGGGGAUGAUUUCAUGCAGUGGGCAGCGGAUCUAAGCGUCCGGGGGAGGCUAGACCGCGUGGUCAUCGACGAGUGCCAUCUCACAUUCACUGCCGCUUACGAAUACCGGAAGAAGCUUCAAGGGUUAGUGCGUCUGCGCAGUCUAGGCUGCCCUUUCGUGUUCCUGACCGGCACGCUGCCGCCGCUCGCUCAGCGUGACUUUGAGGAAGCCAUGCAGUUGCAGCAUCCCCUCUACAUCAGGGCCUCGAGCCACCGCGCAAAUUCCCACUACUCGGUCCUGCGGGUUCGCAAUGGGCGGGGCCCGAUGGAGGUCAAGAAGUUGGUCGAGGCUCGGGUCGGCCUGCUCGCGCCUGGAGAGAAGGGCGUGGUCUACUGCACGAGCCAUGCGAAAUGCAAGGCGUUGGCUCUGUUGAUGGGCUGCCACUACUACCACGGCGACCCGAAUGAAGGCGGCGAUGCACACUUCCUCGCUCAGCGAGAAUCUGGUUUCCAGGCCUGGCUCCGGGGCGAAACCCCCAUCAUCGACUACGCACAGGAGGCUGGUCGUGCGGGAAGAGCCGGAGAGCGCGUGGCGGCCGUGAUCGUGGUCGAGGAGAAAGACUGGCCGUCUGAAGAUUUAAGGACAGAUGGCCGCUUCGAGAUGAAGGUACGCGAGGUGAACUCUCUAAUCCGGACAAAGGGCUGCCGGAGGCGUGUUCUCGGCCAGUGUCUGGACAAUGAUACGCGGGACUGCGAUGGGAUUGAUGACGCUGUGCCAUGCGAUAACUGCCAGCGGCAGCAGAUGGUCUGGAAAAGCGAGCUCUCAGCCCAGGGGAUUAUUGCAUCGGCGGCAUACGGGCGGAAGGCGGCACGCGGCCUUGAACGAAUAGAGGCAGCACUUAACGAGGUGCAGGAGCUGGGGAAGCUGGCGUGUCGGAUCUGCUGGAUGUUCAAAGGAGCACAGGCUGCCAAGCAUAGCUGCGCGGAGUAG